AUGGGUUUUCUUGGAUUUUAUUUAUUGGUGAGAGAUGAUGAUGACUUUCCUCCAUUCUCGUCUGAAGCUCCAGGUAAAGCAGAUCAAGCAGCUGUUUUGAUGUCGUUUGCUUUUGCAGGUCCACCCCCAUUGAUAACUCCUCCUCCCCCUGGUCCUGGAUAUCUUGGCAUUGAAAGAACUACGGUGAAAGGUCAAAAAGGCAGAGCAGGAAGACAUGGAAAACCUGGAUCUAAGGUGAGAGAUGAUGACGACUUUCCUCCAUUCUCGUCUGAAGCUCCAGGUAAAGCAGAUCAAGAAAAUCUCAUGAAGAAGGAUCUACCAGAUGGGCAGCAGGUUAUAGGCACCUACAAAGACACGCUAAUUGCUACAGCCAAGAACAAUUUUGAAACCAUGUCUCUUGUAUCCGACGAAGAAGCCGAUGCGAUGCUAUUUCUUUAUAUGCAGCAUGCAAUAGAAUACUCGGAUCAUGCUAAGAUCACCGUGAAAACUGUUGACAGGGAUGAUAUAGAGACUGCUAUAUUCCGAGUUCCGAAACUGCAAGAGCUAUGGGUGGAGUAUGGAAGUGGAAAACAGUAUCUGCGGUAUCUUUCCAUCCACGUUUUGCACCCAGCUGUUUUGAUGUCGUUUGCUUUUGCAGGUCCACCCCCAUUGAUAACUCCUCCUCCCCCUGGUCCUGGAUAUCUUGGCAUUGAAAGAACUACGGUGAAAGGUCAAAAAGGCAGAGCAGGAAGACAUGGAAAACCUGGAUCUAAGGGAGAAGUAGGAUCAAUGACGGCAAAAGAACUAUUGAAACUACAACCGAAGCUAAAAGGCGAUAGAGGAGAUCCCGGACCUCCUGGAUUGCCGGGACCUCCUGGAAUUCCAGGAGAAAAGGGUGAAUGCGUUUUCCCUCCUUUCAGAGGCAGUCCCGGUUCAGAACUUUGGAACGAAGGUGAUUUUGGUUCAGGAGAUGACCAGGGCUCGCCUGGACCACCCGGUCCUCACGGACUAGGCCUUCCCGGAAUGGAAGGACGGAAGGGAGAUCGAGGCGAAAGAGGCUCCCCUGGACUCAUGGGUCAGAAAGGAGAGCCGGGUACUGAUGGAAUACCUGGAAGUCCUGGACCCAGAGGAAUGCCAGGACCUCCUGGGCCUCCUGGUUUAGCACCUGGACAUACAAAUCUCUUUGACUUAGACGGUGCUUAUGGUUCUGGUUUGUAUCCAAGCUCUGGGGAUGGUCCCUUCGGCCCCUAUGUUGGCCGACCAGGUACCCCCGGAGUUCAGGGUCCACCUGGACUUCCAGGCACUCCAGGAUUACGAGGAGAACGAGGCUAUCCGGGAGAAAAAGGGGAUCGUGGUGCUCCUGGGGCUAGAGGCGAGAAAGGAGAACAGGGAAUACCUGGCAUACCUGGAGAAAAAGGUGAUAGAGGAUUGGAUGGAAGAGAUGGAAUUCCUGGGUUGCCUGGCUUAAAAGGAGAAUCUGGUGAAAAGGGUGACCGAGGACCACCUGGUAUCGGUACCCCUGGUCCACCAGGUCCACCUGGCCUUAAUGCAGUUUAUAGAGGGGCUAACGAUGACCUGGAAUAUGGAACUCUUGGACAAAAGGGUGAUCGAGGAGAUCCAGGACCUCAAGGUGAAAAAGGCGAUUCCGGUGAAAAGGGUGAUCGUGGACAAAGGGGCAAGCUCGGCAACGUCGGUCCAGCCGGGCCUAAAGGAGAUCCGGGAGUACCAGGACCUCCCGGACCUCCUGGUAUUACUUCUGUGCUAUCUCAAGAAGGAGAAACGCCAGUGUUUCUAAAAGGUGAAAAGGGUGAAAGAGGUAGAAGAGGUAAAAAAGGAAAAAUUGGACCACCAGGUCCUCCAGGACCGGUCGGACCAAUGGGAGAAAUAGGCUUACCAGGUUUUCCGGGUCGCCCUGGUCCACCCGGAAAACCCGGUGCCAAAGGAGAACCUGGUGACAGUGUCAAAGGCGAGAAAGGUGAACAAGGUCCAAUAGGUCCCCCAGGAAUAGGAGGAUACCUAGAUCCGGAAGGUGUUAGCGUUGUCAGCAUUGGCCCCAAAGGUGACAGAGGUGAUGUCGGUCCUGUAGGUCCACCAGGAUUGGCUGGAAAGCCUGGAGAGAAAGGUGAACCUGGACGACCUGGAGUAGAAGGGAAAAAGGGCGAGCCCGGUGCACCAGGACCACCGGGUGGUUUGGGAGAUGAAGGAGGCAUUAUAUCUAUUCCAGGGCCGCCAGGACCACCUGGUCCAGUGGGACCUCCCGGUGAUUCCAUAAAAGGUGCUCCUGGCCCACCUGGUCCUCCUGGACCUCCAGGAAGUGGUCGCUUGAAUCCAUUCUGGACAGGAACAGAAAACGCUGCACGAAGAGCAUACAGAGGAAUUAAAGGCUUGAGAUCAUUCGCUAGAACAAAAGGAUCUCAAGUGUUUCCUGGACCUCCAGGUCCUCCAGGACCACCUGGACCUCCCGGUCCACCAGGAAAAACUGCAUUCCACAAUCCUCCUGAAGAACUCCGAAGGCCGACCGUCGUACCUGGGGCUGUGACAUUCAAGAACAUGGACACUCUACUGCGCAUGUCUGAAAUAAGUCCUUUAGGUACAUUAGCAUUUGUUUUGGAGGAAGAAUCUCUUCUAGUUCGUGUCAGCGAGGGAUGGCAAUACGUAGCUCUUGGAUCAUUAGUUGUACAGUCUACUCCAAGCCCAACUAAACCCCCGACGACAUAUGCGCCAUUUAGUCCUCCAGUGGAUAAUUUAAGACUGGAAAAAGCUCCACGAAUAUGGAGAAAACUUCGUAUGGCAGCCCUAAACCAACCUUUCCCUGGUGACAUGCACGGCAUCCGCGGCGCAGAUUACGAAUGUUAUCGACAGUCUCGGCGUGCUAACUUGCGGGGAACAUUCCGAGCUUUCCUCGCAUCCCAAGUCCAGAAUCUCGAUAGCAUCGUGCGCUUCCAAGAUGUUGGACUGCCUGUCGUCAAUCUCAAGGGGGAAGUCGUUUUUAAUGCAUUUAAAGAUAUCUUUACCGGAGCUGGUGCUCCAUUCCCGUAUCCUCCUAGAAUAUAUUCCUUCGAUGGACGAAAUGUUUUAGCUGAUAACCGGUGGACACAGAAGCUCGUCUGGCACGGAUCUGACAAGCACGGUGUCAGAGACCUCGAAUCCUUCUGUGAUGCUUGGCACACUGGAGGACUGGACAAAGUGGGCAUGGCCAGUUCUCUCCUGAGGGGUCGCCUCCUGGAUCAGGAGAGGUAUUCCUGCAACAACUCCUUCAUUGUGCUGUGUAUUGAAGCUACUAGCCAGGAGGACUACAAAAGGAGGAGAAAAAGGCGCACAGACGACGACGAAGAGAGGGAAAUGACGUGGGAAGAAUUUCUGGCUGCAGUUGAGGACACGGACUUAGAGAAAGCAGAGUCAGAAGUUUAA